AUGUUCGGUGGCAUCGGCGCUGUGGCCGCGUCGUCGCCUGAGGGCGCCGCGGGACGCCGGACGACGCACGCCGACAGAGUGUCUGCGUCGGAGCAGGAGGAGACGGAGGUGGCGACUCCGGCGGCGGCUCGAGCGGCGGCCGACGGUGACUUCCUGUCGCGGCUGGAGGCGUUCAGCGCCCCGCCGCGCGGCGCGGGCGCCACCUCCGCCCGGGACGACAAUCAGAAGCGUAUAGAGGCGCUGAGGCAGCGGCAGGAGACGUUCAAGAGCCAGAAGCGCGCGCUGCAGCAGGCACUCUCCUCUAAGGCAGAUGCGCCACCACCCAACAAGCGGAUCGUUUUCGAUGACGCGGACGACGAGCCCGGCGUCGAUGACCCCCACCCUGACCCCGUGACCCCGGCCACGAACGGGCGCGGCCUGUUCGACGACGAGGACGACGGCGACCCCCCGGACGGGGACGACUUCCGAAUACGGCCGCAGUACGAGGGCGCCAGGGGUCAGAAGCUGCAGGCGCUGCAGUCCCGAUUCGGCGCCGACGAGCGCUUCGUCUUGGACGAGCGCUUCGGGGGAGAGCAAGGGGCCGAGGACGAGCCGGUAGACGAGGACGAGCCGGCGGACGAGGAUGGCGUGCGGCGCGAGCACGAGCAGCAGAUGGACAUCCUGCAGCAGGUGCUCGGCACGGACGCACGCCCGGACAGUGCCGCCAAGAAGCGGAAAGACGCACGCGCCCCCGGUCCCGUGCGGUUUGACCCCUCGCUGGAGGAGCACGCGCGCUACCAGCUGGAGGCCAAGGCGUCGGGGCGACGGCGGGAGCCCGCCGAGCCGACCUCGGCCGUGACCCCGACGGCGCCGGCGGCGACUCAACCUCAGGUCACGGGCGAGAAGUUCUACGAGGUGGCUCCGGCGCUGGGCGACCUGUUCGGCCGCGGCCGGCAGGGCGGCGCGCCCGGCUUCAGCCUGCUGCAGAUGCUCGGAAGGGACGAUGGACGCGACGAGCCCGUGGACGAGGAGGCCGAGUACAAAACGUCGAAGAUCAAGAACAAGACAAAGAUGCCGCCCACGGAUGGCGCGGCCACCAACCCGUUCCAGUACGACUCGAGCAGUUCCGAGGAAGAGGCAGAAGGUGGCGCGAUCACAGGGUCGCUAGGGGGCACUGGCGGCGGCUGGAGCCAGACCCGGAAGUUCUUCUUGCAGCCGGACGACGCGCGUCUCACGGAGGGCGCCGAGUUCGUCCGCGGCGCGUCGUCUGCUGAGGAGCUGCAGAAGCUCGCCGAGCAGCGGCGACCGGAGCUGCUCGAGCUGUUCCGCGCGCAGAAGCACAGUCGGGCGCGAGUAAUGCGCCGCAGCCGCGGGCGCGGGCGCGGGCGCGGCCGACACCCCCACGGCCGGUGACGGCUGACCCCGGCGGACGUGGGGGCUGAGGGGAGGCGACUUUGUACGGAGGGAUGCUGGGAGAGGGGUGGGGUGGCCGCGGCGCUGGGUGUCGUGCGUACUCUGGAGGCAUGCUGACGAGUGGUGGGGUUGUUUUCAGAGACAUUGUGUAAGGAGGGUGCGCUAUGGAGUGAGGAAGGUAUACGUCUGGUCAAGUUGUUCUCGUUUUGGCGUUUUAGCGUCUCGUUUGUCCGGGUCUUUGGUGAUCGAGUGAAUACACAUCGCUAAGAAGUGCCUCA